AUGGGCAGUUACCUGGGCAAGCCGGGACCCCCGCGGUCGUCUCCAGCAGAGCCGUGCACAGACUUGCCCCAGAGGCCGGUGAACCGCCGACCAGCUCAGUCCCUUCACCAGGUUCACCGGGUUCAGCACAUCCAUCGCGUCCAUCCUGCCCCGCGGCAUAGACCUGCGAGGAGACCGAUGAACUGGGAUCCUACCAAUCCCACUGCGAGGGUGGUCAAUGAGGCUUGGAGGCGAUUUCCCAUGAAAAGGUCCCAGAAUUCCAUCAUGGGGCCUCUUCCCUCAGACUGGUGGGAAAGUUACUUCAGGCGUAGUAUCUGGUCUCUUCGGCACCCCAGGGCAGUAUGGAGCCCGGUGACCAUCAAGAUCGCUCCUCCUCAGCGGGGAGUGCCCCCCUGCACUUCCCCAGCAGAGGUAAUAAACUCUGCAGGGUCCUUACCCUCUGAGAAGACCCCAGACCCAUGUGCAAAGGAGUCAGUGCUGAGGGCCCUCAGAGAGUGCAAGAAAGGGAAAAUGAGGUUGGAAGAACCGCUAUUCCCUGAGAGCUUGGAUAGUAAAAGAAGGAGUGCAGAGACGAGACCAUCUGCAUUUAAACUGCUGAGAAAGAAUGGAGUCCUCCCUUCUUUUGUGCCCAGGCCUGGUCCUCUGAAGAGAAGCCUCAACUCCUGGAGUUCAAACCACAGCUUGAAUAGGAGGCCCAGUUGCUACUCCGUGAGCUCCUUGGCCAGCACACACACAGGUGGCCUCGUCAGCUCCAAAAGAAAUGCUAUUACAAGCUCUUAUAGCUCUUCUAGAGAUUUCUCUGUUCCUUGGAAGAGAAGUGUUUCCAGUGUGUCAUUCCAGAUACCAGAGUGGCCAGUAAAAAAGAAAGAAAAAGGCCGUCAGUCUCACUCUCCACUGAUACCACUAUUGUCGAAUGAGUCCCCAGCAGCAUAUGGCAGCUCUGGGCAGCAAAAUCAACAGAUUCCACUGCUGCUUUCUAGCCCCGGGAACCUGCUGUCUCUGAGUCCACCUCCCCAGCUUGGUAAUGCAGUCCCUGAAGAGAUCUUGGCAUUAGGGAAGAAAGCUGGACUCCAAUGGAGCAACAAAGCCAGAGGGGAUACAACUGAGGCCACCACAGAUUCUGUCCCUGAGACUCACUCUGCCAUUCAGCCUUCCCUGUCUCUCACCGUGCGUUCUGUAGGCACAGCUCCAACCCAGGGCAAAAAUCCUCAGUUGGAAAGCUUAAAGAAAAUGCAGAAGUCUCCAGGUCAACUGGCCUUCCCACAAUCUACUGGAGAGGCAAUCAGUGUAGGACAUUCACCUCUGAAGACACCCAAUCUACUGUCUCCACUUGGGUGCUCACAGACAGAGCCCCUUUCAGGCACCUCUUCAGACUCUAGGCCCACAGCUAGUUUCAUCCUUCUGACCCCUAUUUCUCCCACAUCACCAGUCACUGACACCACAUGGCCACCUUUGACCUCUCAGACUAAUAGGUCUACCAUGCCCCCAGACCCACCUGCCAUUACCUCUGCAGCGCUCACUAGGCAAAGUUCUUUGUUUGGAAUGAAUAACCCAGCUUCUCAUCCUGCAUCUGCAUUUCCUGCUGCAACUUCUGCUGACCCCAUGUCAAAACCCAUUUUUGGUCUCCCACCCAACGGUGAGAUUGGAGGCUCCUUAUAUUCCAGAAUUUCAGUCACAGCUGCACUAUCUUCAACUCCGGGUAUCUUAACUCCCACCUUCAAGCCUAUCUUUGGCAACACAGAACCACUUAAAACUAUGCCCAUGAUAGCUUCUUUCUCUUUCAAGCAGACCACUUCUCCAGCUACUCCUGCUUCUACCCACCUCUUCCAUGGCCUGGUCAAGGCUACCUCUGUAGUCACAUCCACCAACUCAGCUAGCACAUCUGAAGACUCUUCUUUCAAGCCACCUUUGGAUUUUGGUAUAGUGAAUGUUACCAGUCCCAUGGGCAACGCUUACUCCAUCCCUUCCACUUGCCACACUCUCCUUCUUGGGGCUGCCCUUGCCUUCAGAGCCAGCUUCUCCCCAGCCACAGGCUUCAUUUUCCCACCACACCAACGUCCUACCAUUCCUACUGUACAUACAGUCACCAUUUUCAGCCGGGUUCUUCCCAGUGCUAUCCAGAUAUCCUCUAGUAGAAGCACUGCCAAUUUUAGAAGUAUGGGCAGCCCUCUGUCAGCCUCAGCCCUAGUAACCACAAACCAGCCUGCACUGUUGUCCAGUACCUCCAAUUUGACCUCCACAUUUACAAUUCCCUUGGGGUCAAACUCAAGGCCACCUUUCUCACUAUCCCUAGGAGCCACGCCCCCGCCUGCAUUUGGGGCUGCAGAUGGGCAGAAGCAAGGGGCCCCCCAACCAGCCAUUGGCCCAAGCUUCAGUAGCUCUUUCAUGUUUGGAAAUUCAGUAGUGGCAUCCCCAACCCCAACCGCAGCCCAGCCAGCCUUCAGCAGUACCACACAGUCAACCGUCGGGGGUUUGACACCCUCAGCCUCCAUCUUUCACAUCCCUGCCGGCAUCUGGCCAGACAUUGGCAGCACUCCAGCAGGUUUUCACUUUGGUCAAGCUAAUACAGCUGGCUUUGGAGUUGUCACCCAGACCUACCAUAGUGGGGCUUGUGGCUCAGUGUUUGGCAGCACAGCCCCACGACCUUUUGCCUUUGGGGGCUUAGUGACUCCUAUGGACUGUGGGGAGUCUGGAAUCAGCAUGACUGCUCCAGACAUGAACUCCAACUCUGGAGCAUUCAAUGUUGGAGCAGUGCCAAGUGGGAGUACUAGCACCAUCACACCCUUUGGAAAAGGCUGGAGCCAGAACUCCCAGGGCUUGACCAGCCAGAGCACAUCUUUUGUGUUGGGGCGGGCUAGCAUUUCCUCAAGAAAGGCUAUGUUUGGGGGCUCCUCCAUGGCCCCUUUUGCUCAGAGUACCCUUGUCCCUGGGCCAGUUAAAACAGGCCUUGGCUUUGGGAUGCCCUCUCCACCUGCCCGGGGCUCUGUUGGAAGAGGAUCUUUCAGAUCAUCAGCUCCUUCCUUUUCCAUUGGUACAAAAUCAAAAACCCCAAAGAAUCGGGAGCAAAGGCGUUCCCGAAUGCAUCAUACCCACGAGAAAUAG